ACACUCUGGUAGCGUGGUUCUCUCCCCCCUUCAAUGUCCACCCUUUCUGUUGCUAGUUUGUGCUGCCGUAUUGUCUUCUGCAUGCCAUGUCUCGCUGCACACAGAAGCAGCACGCGCAACCUACUCAAGAACCUCCACAGAUAGUCUUCCAGGUGGUGCCAGCUCCCUCAGCAGCUCCCCCACCAACACAUGUUCCUUCUCGAACUAGACCUAAGGGCAACAAUGCUGAGGAGAAUGAAACUGAGGAGAAUGAAACUGAGGAGAAUGAAGCUGAGGAGAACAUACCUAAGGGGAAAGUUCGCUGGCGGGGCGAACACAUGCAUCACAUUUUCACCUGGUUUUGCAACAAUCCUUCCGAAUGGCUCCGUCUCUUCUCUGACUCUUUGCAGGUGGCCAAAUCAGAACAGCAUGUGACAGUUACUGAUGGUACUAAAGUGCAACUUCAAAGUCUCUACCUCGCACUAUCAAAAUUUGUCUUUACGAUGGACAGUGACAGCAGGGAAUCGGACUAUGCCCGUUGGCCGAAGUGGUAUGUGAAGAAGAUCAGGCUGCAGGUUCAAGAUUGUAAGAGAAAAUACAAGAAACUUGCUGCUAAAUUUUGGCCUACUGGAGUGGGCAAUACACUGCAGCAGGCUGCACAAAAUCCUAAUUUCAUUCAUUGGAAGUGGUUUGGUGACUUUCAUGAGCUUUGGAAAGGUAGGCCCAACCUCGAUUCUGUUCUUGGUGACUCGACGCCCCAUCAAUCACUUGCUCAGACUGCUGCCACAGAGUUCCUUCCUGGCUCGAGUCACAGAUUAGGUGAUGAUUAUGAGGUAGAUGGUGGCUUAACAGAAGCAGAAGAAGAUAAGGGUGUGAGUGAGGGUAAUAGCGAGGAUGAAGAUGAGGAUGAAGGAGGGCAUGACUUCGUGAGCAGUGGAAAUAGUGUCCAUGAUGAGAAGCUGGUACCAGGGCAGUUGAUGGCAGCCUCACUGUGGCCUUCUACAGCUGGAUUUGGCAUCAAUGAAGACUACAGCGAAGGUUCAUUCAAUCAGUUCAAUGUGCAAGCUGCGCGAUCACCUGGUCUCCCUGCCAAUGACCAUGGUGCACUUCUGUCAUUCAAUGAUAUCUCUCUUCAAAUCCCUGCUCUGCACAAUAAGCUAGCAUAUACAUUCAAUUGCACCAAUUCUGCCAAUCCUGCUGAUCCUGCUGAUCCUGCUGAUCCUGCCAAUAUGUUCAUCAAUACCCUCAGUUCUUAUAACUUCAACAAUUUUUUCAACAUGGAUAGCCUACCCAUUGAAGACCAUUCGAUCAACAAUGAAGGCAGCCAACUCAUCGAGCACACAUCACACCUUGGUACAUUUUGUAACCAUGAUAUCAUCACUUUAGACGAGAGCCCGCCUGCUCCUCCAAUAUGUUUUCCUUCUUCGAGUUUCUAUCAGUCCUCCAUUGCAUCAAAUUCUUCAUCAUCAUUCAGAAGUUCUGCCAAUCCCUCACCUUCGUCAUAUUCUGCUGCUUCACUAUCAUCAAUUUCAUUACCAUUCUCCCAAAUGCAGAUACCUACAGCAGGCUCUGGAGAGGAUAUAGCCUCAACACCUCUAUCUCCUAUAUCUAUGAGUGAUGGCAGCCUGCAGACAGUCCCUUCAUCAAUGGACACCAGAUCUGUCUUGUCUCUACUACCCACACAGCCCUCUCCAUCACCUUCUGCCAUGACGCUUUUGCUAAUAUGCCCUACUUUUGCCCUGGAGUGUUUUGCAAAUUCCUGAGCCAUUGGCAAGGCACGAUUUGCAAAUCCUGCCCAGAGUGGACAAAGCCCCAGAAAGCCUGUUUCCCGGCCUGGGGUGUUUCCUAAUAGGGUAUGUGGUCUUUUCUUGGUGCUUUCUUAUGUUUUUCUUUGGCUCAUAUGUCGGAAUUGUGGCCUCAAACUGUUUCUAGCACUAUAGACUGCUUUAAAACAUAUUAGUAAGCAUACUACACUGACCCAAUAUGAUAGUUUGGGUGCUUAAAAUAUGUUUUAUCAUGCGGUUAGUACCAUUUCAAUCCCCCUUUCUAUUCCUGUAUAUAAAAUAAUAUAUAUAUUUUAUAAUG